AUGGAUUCAAGAGAUCCUGAUUUAUUCCCAUCAUCGUAUGCCACUAAUUAUGAAGACAUAAGUCAUCGUGGUCGAACAGGAAUUAUGGGUGAUUCGCAUUUACCAAUAUUGAACGAAGAAGAAUAUACAGACGAUGCAUUUAUAGUAGAAGAAAAACCUGUAUCGUCUAUAUAUAAAGCAAAUGUGACAACAGCUGGAAGCUCACAUAGUCUACCAACAACAACAUCUUCUGCUAGUUUUACUGAUCAAAGCAACCAUCGAUCAAGCGCUUUAAAACAAAAUGAGCGGCAAUUAUCAAUACUUGAUCCACUAUCAGAUCGCGUUAGUACCAUUCUUGUUUGGAAAAAUUUAACUGUUCACGCUCGACCAAGUAAACGAGAAGAAUUUUUUCAACGUAUGAAGUCAUAUAAAAAAUAUAUACCAAAAAGAAAAUGCUUACUUAGUAACACUAGUGGAGCAAUUACAGGUGGACUAUGGGCUGUAAUGGGCCCAUCGGGUUCUGGAAAGUCAACUCUAUUAAAUACAUUAGCUUGUCGUUUGGAUGUCAAUACAAUUGUCGAAGGUGAAAUGCGUUUAAAUGGUGCACCCUAUGAUAAUGCUGAAUUGAAACGUAUUGCUGGUUAUGUUAUGCAAGAUGAUUUAUUAAAUGGAUGUUUAACUGUUCAAGAAACAUUGAUGUAUGCAGCACAACUUCGCUUACCGCGAGCAUUUACAGAAGAACAACGGAAAGAACGUGUUGCAGAUGCUAUGGCUGAUUUAGGUUUAUCACAUGUGCAUAAUGUUAUUGUAGGCACACCAUUGAAAAAAGGUAUAUCAGGUGGUGAACGUAAACGAGUUUGUGUUGGCAUGCAAUUGCUUAAUCGCCCACAAUUACUGUUUCUUGAUGAACCAACAUCUGGUUUAGAUUCAGUGACAGCGCUUGACUUACUUCGAACUUUUCAUGCACUUGCACAUGGCAAAUCACAAGAAAAAGCUGUAACAAUUGUUUGUUCGAUCCAUCAACCGCAAGCAAAAAUAUUUAAUUUAUUUGAUUCAUUAAUUUUACUUAAAGGCGGAGGUAUUAUUUAUCAAGGUCCAAGAAAACAAGCAAUGGAAGCUUACCGCAUAGCAGGAUUCCCAUGUCCUGUAACUACAAACCCAGCUGAUCAUCUUUUAGAUGUUAUAACACCACCACGACGUAAUCCAGUUAUUGACACACCUGCAAUAUCUCUCGAACAACAAGCAGCUAUUGAUGAAGCUAUUCUAAAGGCACAACCAUCAUUCGAUGUUGAUCUCAAUAUGGGAGUAAAUAAACGUUUGGCCCAAAUGGCUAACAUACCGCCCAGCCCGCCAUGGCACAAGCAAGUACGAAUUCUUCUUCAUCGUACAUUCAAAGAACAACUUCGUCAAUCAAGAAUUAUUAUAACAUCCCUUGUUCAGACUGUAGUGAUUGCUAUUUUAAUUGGUACUGUUUACUUAAAAAUUGGUAAUUCACAAAAGAGUACUACCUUUCGUGAACCUUCGUUAUUUUUUUGUGCUGUCAAUCAAGGUGUUUUUGGUGCUCUAAUGGUUAUUAAUUCAUUUCCUGUUGAACGUGCAUUAACAUUGCGUGAACGAGCAUCUGGCACUUAUUUUGCUAGUGCUUAUUUUAUAGCAAAAAUUGUUGCCGAAACGCUUAUUCAAAUACCUGUACCAAUUAUAUUUUCAUCUAUUGUAUAUUUCCUAAUUGGUUAUCAAGCAACAGUUGGAAAAUUUUUUAUCUUUGCACUUUUUAUGCUACUAUGUUCACUUGCAGCAACAUCAUUAGCAUUAAUGGUUUCAGCUAUUUGUAAAACAACAGAUAUGAGUGUUACUGUAUUGCCAUUAGCACUUGAAAUCACACGUUUGUUUGGAGGAUUCUUUUUAGCACCAUCACGUUUACCAACAUAUUUUGUUUGGCUUGAUGCAAUAUCCUACAUUAAAUAUACAUUUGUAGGCACGGCUUUAAAUGAAUUAAGUGGUCUAAAAUUAACAUGCACAGCUGAACAGGUAGCACAAUUUGCGUGUAUUACAACUGGCGAAUAUUAUAUUAAUGAACGUGGCUAUGGGUAUAUUAGUAUAGGGGGUUGCAUUGGUGUACUACUAGGCUAUAUUAUUUUUUGUCGUAUUGUUGCAUUUCUUGGUGUUCGAUUUCUUAAAAAUUAA